AUGAGGCUGGCGGAGGUGCAGAGAGAUGGAGCGCGACUGAGAGUCCGCUUGGCCCGUUUGCAAUACGAGGCACAGGAGAAAGCCCAGGCACGUCAAGCUGAGAUAAAUCUGCGUUUGGAGGUACGCAGGCUUGAGAUUGAGGCAGAGACUCAGGUGAAGCUGAGACAGCUUGAUCUGGACGCAAUGAAAAUCGCUGCCGGUUCAGCUGUGCAGUCGACUCCAGGUCCAACCUCUGAUGUUCCUCCACGGUCUGAUUCGUCCCAGGGCGUUGAUUUUAUCCUUGGAAAUGAUCUAGCGGGGGGGAAAAUUUUGCCUGUGUUAGAAGUUGUUGAAAAGCCAGAUGCGUUCAGUCAAUUGGAUGUGUCACAUACUUACCCUGAAGUUUUUCCCGCAUGCGCUGUCACCCGCGCUCAGUCGCGUAAAGUGGGUGAUAUGGUUGAUUUGUCUGACUCUGUUUUUAUCACUCUUUUUUCUGGUGACGAAUUGUGUGCCGAUCAAAAAGUUGCUUACUUUCGGGAGAAUGAGUUAUUGAUGAGGAAGUGGUGUUCUAACACAAAUGAUUCAGAGUGGAAUGUUGUGUACCAGGUGGUCGUUCCUUUUCCUUAUCGUAAACAUGUGUUAUGUUUAGCGCAUGAUCAUCAGCUUGCAGGUCACUUAGGAAUUACAAAGACGUAUGAUAGGAUUCUGAGACAUUUUUUCUGGCCAGGCUUAAAGAAAGAUGUGGCUCAGUACUGCCGUACUUGUCAUACGUGUCAAACUGUUGGGAAGCCGAACCAGGUGAUUCGCCCCGCUCCUCUGUCUCCCAUACCAGCUAUUGGAGAGCCGUUCGAGCAUGUGCUCAUAGACUGUGUUGGGCCAUUGCCUAAAACUAAGUCGGGUAACCAGUUUCUGUUAACCAUAAUGUGCAUGGCCACUAGAUUUCCGGAAGCAAUUCCAUUAAGAAAAAUUACCGCGCCUGUUAUCAUCAAAGCAUUGGUGAAAUUUUUUUCUACUUUCGGUCUUCCGAAAAUAGUACAAAGUGAUCAGGGCACGAAUUUUUUAUCAAAACUUUUUAGACAAGUACUGGAGUCGUUGUCAAUAUCUCACCGAGUCUCAAGUGCGUACCACCCACAAAGCCAGGGCGCACUUGAACGGUUUCACCAGACACUUAAGUCGAUGCUGAAGAAGUAUUGCCUGGAAACUGCUAGAGACUGGGACGAGGGAGUUUCCUUAGUAUUAUUCGCUGUAAGAGAGACUGUACAGGAAUCUCUUGGUUUUAGUCCAGCCGAUCUCGUAUUCGGACAUCAGCUGAGAGGACCUUUGAAAGUUUUUAAAGAUCACAUUUUGAGCAGUGUUCCGGGUCCUCGCACUAAUGUACUGGAUUAUGUCAGUAAUUUUCGAGAUCGUUUGCAUACUGCUUGGUCACUGGCUAAAGAAUCUCUAGAAAAUGCUCAAAAAGGCAUGAAGCGCAAAUAUGAUCAGAAAGCAGUUGCGCGUUCAUUUUCGCCUGGUGAUAAAGUGUUGGUGCUUUUACCUGUUCCUGGAUCAUCUUUGUCUGCCCGUUUCUUUGGUCCUUAUGUGGUGAAACAGAAAAUGAGUGAAACUGAUUAUAUGCUGUACACACCUGACAGAAAACGUCAAACCCGAGUUUGUCACAUAAACAUGAUAAAAGCUUACCAUGACAGGGAGAUGCCUGAGGUGAAAGCUUCAGAUGAAACUGCAGGGCCCGCGGUCUCUUCUGUCGCAAUAGCCGUGGAACUGAAACCAUUUUCUGGUAUCUCAGGGGCUGACGAGGAUGGUGUCGUGCUUCGCAACGCUCCUCAGCAGUGCGCAAGGUUAGCUAACUCAGAAAUUUUAGAAGAUCUUCACUCGUAUCUCAAUCAUUUAACUGCUGACCAGGAAACUGACAUUGUUCAAAUAAUAUUCGAUUUUAAUUGUCUGUUUAGUGAUGUUCCUAAACAAACAAAUGUCUUACAGCAUGAUAUUGUUGUAAACGGUGCUCGUCCUAUUAAGCAAAAUGCUUAUCGCAUAAAUGCAGUCAAGAAAUCUAUUAUGCGUCAAGAAGUGAAUUAUCUGCUUGAAAAUGACUUAGCCAGACCUAGUUGCAGUCCCUGGAGCUCUCCUUGUCUCCUUGUGCCUAAACCUGACGGUACGUUUAGGUUUUGCACUGAUUUUCGAAAAGUGAACGCCGUAACGGUGCCAGACAGUUAUCCGUUACCCCGCAUGGAGGACUGUGUUGAUAAUCUGGGGUCUGCUCGUUUUGUUACUAAGCUGGAUAUGUUGAAGGGGUACUGGCAGGUACCACUUACUUCACAAGCGUCAGACAUUUCAGCAUUUGUAACACCAGAUAAGUUCCUUCAAUAUACAGCGAUGGCUUUCGGACUCAGAAACGCUCCAGCCACUUUUCAGCGUCUUGUAAAUAUCGUCUUGGCUGAUGUACCGAAUUGCAAUGCAUAUCUUGAUGAUUUAGUGUUAUAUUCUGUGACUUGGGAGGAACAUGUGAGUUUGUUGAGAACGGUGUUCGAACGUCUACGUGCAGCUAAUUUAACUCUCAACUUGGCAAAGUGUGAGUUUGGUCGAGCGACUGUCACUUAUUUGGGUAAAGAGGUUGGACAAGGCUACGUACGACCAGUGGAAGUGAAGGUUACUGCUAUUGCAGAGUUUCCAGUCCCUGCGACUCGACGAGAGUUGCGAAGAUUUCUAGGUAUGGCUGGUUAUUACCGCAGUUUCUGUAAAAAUUUCUCAACCGUUGUUACCCCUCUCACUUCAUUACUUUGUCCAUCUAAAAAAUUUGAAUGGUCUGUGGAGUGUCAGAAUGCUUUCGAUUGCGUUAAAAUGCUUUUAUGUAAUGCACCUGUUCUCGUUGCACCUGAUUGCUCCCGUACUUUUAAACUCGAGGUAGAUGCAAGUGCUGUUGGAGCCGGAGCUGUCCUUCUUCAGGAGGAUAUAAAUGGUAUAGACCAUCCGGUUUGCGUCAUCUCUUGUCCGCUGUUGGUUGAGAGCGAUGUCAAUCUUCAUUCACAUCAUGACGUCAUCUCCCUCCCGUGGCCUAUCAAGUUCAACCUACGAGUUUAA